CUCUCCACCACUUCCCCCCUCUUCCAUCCAAACCGCGAUGGCGGCGCCGCUCGCCCCCCUCGCCGCCGCCCGCCUCGGCCGUGGCCUCGGCCUGCGCCACCGCGUGCUCCUCCUCGCCUCCCUCCGGCACUACGGCGCUCCACCCUCCCCGCUUUCCGUCCCCUCCCCGCGGCACCGGCUCCCGCCCCCGGCCCCUCGCCACCUCACCCGCUCCGUCCGCCCGCUCGCUGCCUCCGCCGCUGCCACGGCUGUCUCCGAGCCCCAGACAGAGUUAGAGUCUGGUCCAGCAACAGCAAAAAAGGGGCGCAUCUACCACGAGACAUAUGGGUGCCAAAUGAAUGUAAACGAUAUGGAGAUUGUGCUGUCUAUCAUGAAAAAGGAAGGGUAUAAUGAAAUUGUUCCAGACCCUGAGAGUGCAGAGAUAAUAUUUAUCAACACCUGUGCAAUCCGUGACAAUGCGGAGCAGAAAGUUUGGCAGCGACUCAACUACUUUUGGUUCCUGAAAAGGCAAUGGAAAUCUAAUGUUGCUGGAGGGAGAUCAAAAUCUCUGCGUCCUCCCAAGAUUGCAGUGCUUGGGUGCAUGGCCGAGCGACUGAAGGAGAAAAUACUUGACUCUGAUAAGAUGGUUGAUGUCGUCUGUGGACCGGAUGCAUAUAGGGACUUGCCUAGGUUGCUGCAGGAAGUUGAUUACGGACAGAAGGGUAUUAACACGCUUCUCUCACUUGAGGAGACUUAUGCUGACAUCACCCCAGUUAGGAUCUCUGACAAUUCAGUUACGGCCUUCGUGUCUAUUAUGAGGGGUUGUAAUAAUAUGUGCUCAUUUUGCAUUGUUCCAUUUACUAGAGGCAGGGAGAGGUCACGCCCAGUGUCUUCUAUUGUCCGAGAAGUUGGUGAGCUCUGGGAUGCAGGCGUCAAAGAAGUAAUGCUUCUUGGUCAGAAUGUAAACAGUUAUAAUGAUACUUCUGAAGUUGAGGAUUUGGAGCCUGGUAAAAACUGGCAGCUCAGCGAAGGAUUUUCCAGCAGGUGCAAAGUAAAGAAUAUGGGGUUGCGUUUUGCUGAUCUCCUGGAUCAUUUGUCCCUGGAAUACCCUGAGAUGCGGUUCAGGUUUACCUCUCCACAUCCAAAGGAUUUCCCUGACGAGCUGUUAUAUCUGAUGCGCGAUAGGCACAAUAUUUGCAAACUUAUCCACCUGCCAGCACAAUCAGGCAGCACAGAGGUUUUGGAACGAAUGCGACGGGGUUAUACUCGAGAAGCAUAUCUGGAGCUUGUGCAGAAAAUUCGUAAUGUCAUUCCAGAUGUUGGCCUAAGCAGUGAUUAUAUAAGUGGCUUUUGUGGAGAAACAGAAGACGACCAUGCCGACACUCUUAGCCUUGUAAGGGCUGUUGGAUAUGAUAUGGCUUACAUGUUUGCAUAUAGCAUGAGAGAAAAGACCCAUGCUCACCGGAAUUAUGAGGAUGAUGUCCCCAAUGAUGUGAAGCAGAGAAGACUUACAGAACUGAUUAACACCUUCCGUGAAACCACAAGAAAGAUCUAUGACUCUCAGGUUGGUACCACACAACUAGUUCUAGUUGAGGGACCCAACAAGAGAGCCCCUGAAACAGAGCUGUUUGGAAAAACCGACAGGGGGCACAAGGUUUCAUUCACGAGCAUCCCUGUACCACAUACAUUUGAAUGUGAUGGAUCUCGUAAACCAGUGGUUGGUGACUUUGUUGAGGUAAAAAUUCUCAGGUCAUCGACAGCAUCGUUAUCUGGGGAACCAAUUGCGCGCACGAGCUUGAGCAUGUACUGCAAGAAUCAUGCAUCUGAUGCACAUGCUGUUGCUGCAUAAUGAGUACCUGAGUUCAUGGCAGCCCACAUAUGAACUGAAUCAGAGAGCGAUGUUUCACAAAAUGACUGCAAUUGGGAUCAUUUUGUGCAAUUUGACCGAGUAUGGACAUCCUUCAUGAGGAACUAUCAGUUGUGUAGUUUUGGGUGGGAAGAUGGCAUGCAGCGCUUCGAGGAGCUGAAAUCAAAACAAUCUUCCACAUUAUGCGGGCUAAUCGUAUGCUGAAGUACAUGAGAGAGUGCUGAAUGCAUUGUUGUAGAGUUCAUGAUUCUUUUUUUGUUUACUGCAAUUCUCCAGCUUGAGCUCUGGAAUUACUUUCCAUGAGAGAACGAUAACCUUGUACAAUAAUAAUACGCUGAUUAUAUCUGCAUGUUUGUGAAAGAUGACCACACGAGCAUA